UUAAGCUCUCUCUCUCUGUCUCUCUCUCUCAAACCCUCUCUCUUCAACUCUCUCUCAAACCCUCUCUCUUCAACUCUCUCUCAACUCUCUUCAACUCUCUCUCUCUUUCUCUCUCUCUCUGUCUCUCUCUCUCUCUUCAACUCUCUCUCUCUCUCUCUUCUCUCUCUUUGUGCCUUUGGAGGAGGGACGUGUGUUGUGCAGUGGUGAACUACUGUCCCUGGGACCUGACCGACUCGGCCUCAGACCCCUUGGCCGCCUUUUUGUUGUAUCCCUGCUCUGUGGCUUGCUGGCUGGAGGGGAGCUGUGCUUGGUGUGCAUACGCGUGCGCGGGUGCAGGCAUUCAAGCUUUUAGUCUGUGACCAAACCAACACGUUUUCAGUUUUGACUCUUCCCUUGUCUCCUCAAAGCCGUCCGUUGCAACCAGCAUCAUGCCGGAAGAAGUGAGCAAGGAAGACCGCGAUCGCGUUUUUGCCAAGCUGCGCGCCAAGGCCGCGAACAAGGUGUGCUUUGAUUGUGCCGCCAAGAACCCGACCUGGACGUCCAUUCCCUAUGGCAUCUUCCUCUGCUUCAACUGCUCGGGCGUACACCGCAGCCUUGGCGUGCACUUGUCAUUUGUCCGAAGCUGUGGACUAGACUCGUGGACGCUGGAUCAGCUGCGUCACAUGCAGGUGUCUGGCAACGCCAAGGCCAAGGCGUUCUUUCAAAGCCACGGCGUUGACUCGCAGGAUCCCCGCGUCAAGUACAACAGCCGCGCCGCCACCCUGUACCGUCAGCAGGUGCAGCGCGAUGCUGAAACAUUGCAGCGUCAGCUCAAGGAUGAGUUGUUUGAGCCCGAAACAGCCGAAGGUGCGGGCAAGGACGAGGUCGAUUUCUUUGAUGACAAACACGAUGCCGUGAUGGGUACCCAGGGUGGCGCAAAGCUCUCCAGCUUCACCCCUGCUGACCACUCUGGUGCGUCCACCUUCAAGCUUGCCGAAGCCGAUGGUGCCAGCGGCGCCGCCACGGCCAGUACUUCUACCCGAAAACCUUCAGGUCUGGGCGCCAAGAAGGGCCUGGGGGCUGGCAAAAAAGGUGGCCUCGGAGCCAAGAAGAAGGGCGGCCUGGGCGCCAAGAAGGUCAACAAGGAAAGCUUCAGUGCGGCUGAGAGCCGUGUCAUUCAGAGCGAGGAGGAAGCUGCCAAACAAGCCGCUGAGCCUAGCCAGCAAGAGGCCGAAGUGUCCCUCUCCACCCGCCUCGUUUAUCAGGAGCGCCAGGUGACCAAGAUGGACAGUGCAAAGCGUGAGCAGGCCGAACGCUUGGGCAUGGGCUUUGGUGCCGGUCGCACAUCCAACGUACACUCGCACUCCUCCAAGACCACCAUGAAGGUGAUUGAGCAAACGGGACAGGCCGCGCCGGCUCAAAAAACGCACGAGGAGCGCAAAACGCCAGCACGCACUGCUGCUAGUAAACCCACCUCUUCGGCUCCCCCGCGUCGGGUCACGCCCGCUGCCGCACCAUUGUCUGACGUGGACGGUGGGGAUACAACGCGUUUCGCGAGCAGCAAAAGCAUCUCAUCGGACCAGUUUUUCAAUCGUGCAGAGACGCCCGAAGAGAGCCAGCAACGUUUGGACCGUUUUUCCGGGGCCGGCGGCAUCAGCUCGGACGCCUACUUUAAUCGACCAGACAGUACCAAGCCCCGCCGCGUGGACAAGCUGCAAAUGUUUGCCAGCAACAUGGCUGACAAGCUCCGUGAUAUGCGACACUAAACCCAAAUGGGGUUGUUUUGUGGCUGACCCUGGUGUCUUUAAACUGUGCCCUUGACAAGGUUGCUGCGUUUGGGAUUCUUUUGUUUCAAGCACCCACCUGUUCAUAAAUGGCAAGCCCACACCCUUUUCCGUACAGGCCCCGCAAUUGAAGAAGUCGUGU